AUGGAAGUAAACAUUUUGCACAGAAAUCCCGAGGAAUAUAAAAAUAAUCCAGGUGCCUCAACGUACAAACAUACGAGAAGUUUUGAUAAAAAUAUUCAUCUUUUUCAAAGAGAAAUAGAAUAUAAGAGAGCCCUAAAUGCAACAAAAAUUGAUAAAAUAUUUGCAAAACCGUUAGUGAAAUGUCUAGAUGGACAUGACGAUUCAGUGAGGACCUUGUGUGUGUCUAAUAAAAAUUUAACUGAUCUGUACAGUGGUAGCUGCAAUGGUUUCAUAAACAUUUGGAAUAUAUUAAAUAAAAAAUUAAUAAAAAAAUUGAAAGCCCAUGAUGGAUUUGUCAGAGGUUUAUGUAUCAGUCAUGACGAAAAAUUUCUUUUCAGUUGUGGUGACGAUAAAUAUAUAAAACAAUGGGUUAUUGAAAAAAACAGAAAUGUGAAUGAUUUGGAUGUACAAGAUCAAGAUAAUAAUAUGUUUGGAAUGCAUAAUACUAGCACGGAGAAUAGCGUCUGUAGUUUUGGUGCCUUGGUGGCAAACCAAAAUAUGAACUUAUUAGACAAUCUAUCCAAUGUAAUGAUACCCAAAAAAAUUUAUGUAUGUAAGAGCGUACCAAAUAGCAUUGAUAAACACUUUUCAGAACCUUUAAUAAUAUCAGGUAGCCAAAAUUUAGAUGUUUGGGAUUAUUACAGAAACAAUGCAAUAGCAAGUUUCGAUUAUAAUAGUGAAUACAUUUAUUAUGUAAAAUUUAAUUAUUCACAAAGAAAUUUAGUGGGUUUAACUUUAUCUGAUAAUUCGAUUGGACUAGCUGAUAUAAGAACCAAAACUCCGAUUAAAAAAUUAUUUCUAAAAUAUAGGUCUAAUUCCUUAAGCUGGAAUAAUAUGAAUCCAAAACAGUUUAUUGUAGCUAAUGAAGAUUCUAACUUAUAUACAUUUGAUAUUAGAUAUUUAAAAACAGCUUACUUAGUUCAUAAAGGAUUUGUAAAUGCUGUGUUAGAUGUCGAUUUCUCUCCAAUUGGAAAUAAAUUUGUUGCUUGUUCGUAUGACAAAACAAUCAGAUUAUUUAAUAGUGAUGAAUCUACAAGUUAUGAUGUCUACCACACUAAGAGAAUGCAACACGUUCUUUGUUGCAAAUUUAGUUUAGAUGAUAAAUAUGUACUCACAGGAAGCUCAGAUAUGUGUAUACGAAUUUGGAGAUCAUGUGCACAUGAACCAUCUGGUGUUUUAUCACAUAAAGAAAAACAAGCCAUAAAUUACAGAAACAAAUUAAAAGAAAAAUAUGCCUCAUUAAAGGAAAUUAAAAGAAUUCGCAACCAUCACCAUGUACCUGCUCUUAUCAAAAGUAUGUCAGAUAAAAAGAAGGUUAUGCUCGAGGCCAGAAAGAGGAAAGAAAACAAUAGAAUCAAACAUUCAAAGAAUCCUGAUCAGUUGCCUCUUCCAGAGAAGAAAAAAAUAUUUGUCACUGAGCAGUAG